AUGGACGCUCAAAUUGUUUAUUGGCUAGAGGAAAUGUCUGAUUUUGAAAAUGCUAGUUCACAGUUUGUCAGCGAAAAUGUGUUAGAAGGUAGUCGAUCUAGUUAUCAUAGUGAUCAUAAUACGGACACAGAACAUUCAGCAGACAACGACGAUACUGACAAGCAAGUACCAUCUCCAAUUACUGUGCCCUCUGAAAUACAAACUAUUCGACGCCAACGAACAUAUACUACAGAGAGAAGCCUUAGUCGAUAUCGGCGUCACAAACGUACAAUACAACCUCGUGAUAAACCUUCGACACGUUCUUCCAGUGAUGAUGAUGAACUAUUAACAAAGUUCUCAACGACGAUCUACUAG